UGCCACCACAAUUAGAUGACAUUUCUUUUCAGCAGUCAACAAAAAUAAAACAUACAAUUUCUUUGCAGAGUGGUAAUAUACUGUCCAGUGUGGCUGUACACACCCUAACUCCUGUACAUGGCAGGUCUCUGUGUUCUGAAGAUCCUGCUGCUCUGGGCCGGGGUCAUCGGUUGGACCAAGUCUCCACCACCUCCACAAUCCCCACCUCAGUGUAAAAAUGACAUUGAAGAUGAAGCCAACUGCAUCUCUGGACAUGUUUGUUACCGAUCUAAUUGGGACAUCAGCUCUUUACAGUCAACACCAGCUCCAGCUGAGCAAUGUGGCAGUAAAGUUUUCUGUUUCAAACCUGGUAUCACUGACAUUUGCUCAGAUUUUACUACGACCCUCACAUCAGAAAACUGUGGGAACUCUUCCUUUAGCCUCACGAAACACAUCCCUGUUGGUUUCUUGAAUACAACUGAAAUAAGUCAGAAUGUUUCCAAACAAUUUCCUGUAAAAAUAGAAGCAACGUUGCCUCCAAACUGUAAAAACCUUGCCAUUGAUUACACCUGUUGGGAACAUGAUGGAGUCAACGAGCCUAAGAACCUGUCUGAGCUGGAGCCUUUCACAAACUACAGCUGUACUGGUCAGAUCAAGGACAACAAUGUCCCCAUAGGAAACACAGCUGCUGUUGACUUCAGGAUUGACUGUGAUUUUACAAUAAAAAUCACAACGGAACGUGUUACUGAUACAUCCACUGGGUUGAGAUGGAACACAACCAGUCGCAACUGUCAACAGGUCCUUCAUGAUCUUCAGAAAUUUUCCUAUGACUGCAGUUGUGGUCCUAGUCCCUCUGAUCAGAAACACCGAGUUACAGCUAACAAGCAACCAUCAGGAGGAACAUGCCAUAUUACUGGACUGCAGCCAUACACCAGUUACACCUGUGAAGUGCAACCCAGCUAUGACAACAACAGAGUUGCCCAACCAACUAGAGUUAAACAGACAACUGAGAUUGGAACACCAGAAGAUAUUAUGAAACUGACGAUGCAGGGCCCAGUGAAUAAUGUAAUUUCAGUACAAUGUGUUCAUUCAAAACGCUUUAAUGGACCUGAGGAGACAUACAUAGCACGUCUUCAUUAUGGCAGUGACACUCUGCAGGAGAGUAAUACAAAGUGCGAGUUUGAAUUCAGAGAUCUGAGGUACGCUACGAGCUACACAGUUCAGGUGACUGCCUUUAAUGGAUAAUUUGAGAGCAACCCCAAGACAGAAUAUGCUGCCACUUCCAUGACGUGGAUGGAGAUGUGAUGCUUGAAUCAACCGCUAUGUUCGUUAAUGUACCUCAGUCUGCUUGGCGUCAUAAGAAGCAUGCUAAUGAGGAACGGCCUGAUGGAGUUGCAUAACAAGUCAUCAUUUACUGGUACUGAGUUGUUCUGUACUGUAUAUAGACCUGUUUACACUGGCACCAAGUGUGUUUAGAAGAUGCCUUACCUGAUAGACCUAACAGUUCAAUUCAACAAUUUAAGACUUUUAAAGACCUUUUUAGUAUCACAUUAAAUCCAAUUUAACACUUGAUUUAUGUAAAUACUGAGUAUGAAAGUACGAUGAAACACCCGAGGGAUGCUGUGGCUUAGAAUUACUUUUUUAAUUCCCGGUGGUAUAUAUAAUAUACAAUGAUUACUGGUUACCGGAUAAGCAGCAUUAAAAUUGAUGGACAGACCAAUUAAAAAUUAAAUGUUAUUCAAUACAUGUUCAUUAUAAGACAAUGAGCUCUUAGCUACUGAGGCUAGUACAGAAUUCAGCCAUCCCACAUGUAGUUUAUAGGUCAUCGCUGCCAGCAGCAGGCAACAAAACAUACAUGCUUUUUGAAGACCUACGAACACUUUAUGAGACAAAUUUGGUACCAACAAUUUAAGCAAUGAUAGAUCCUGGCCAAACUCCAGUUACGUUUUUAUGAAAUCCUUCUCUUCAAAUAUGCUCAAGUUAAAAGUGAAACAAGAACUUGGGGCUGUGGCUAUUCAGCUGUAAGCAGUUUAAUGUUAGACGGGUAGAAUAUAUGAGAACAUGAAUAUUAAAAUGAUGCUUAAAAAUUCACUUGUGUAGCAUACUCUGUAAUUUAUUGUUCAACUCUCAGAUGCGUGUGCCACCUGCAGGCCAUUAAUGUUACAGUUUUCAGGUGUGUGUUUUUGUGGUGGUUUGUCUUUCUCUCUUUUUUAAUUUUUAACUCCACUUCGUUAUUUAUGUGUUUCUGAGGUGUUUACAUUUUAUAUUUGUAUGGCAAAUUAUUACCAAUCAUGACAAAAUUAACAAAAUUAAUAAAAAAUGUAACAUUUUCAGCAUCAACUACUGUACCAAUAAACAACACAAACAAAAUCAGUUCAACUUGAUCAAAAAGUCACUGAAGAAUGUAAAUAACAGAAGCCAGUUGUUUAUCAUGGUGUGCUACAGAAAAGUUGAAUUUAUGUGGAAAUACUUACCAUUAAGGUGGUAUAAUUUACCUUUAGCUCAUCAAAGUGAAACAUCCCAACACGUGUGGUAAACUCAAACGGUAACGUCAAACUUGUCCCCCUUUACCGGUGAUGGUUUGGUCCUUCCUUACAAAGGACCAAUGUGGUUCUAAACCGCCAUUAACAGCUAUUAAGAGCUCCAAGCACUCAUUCUAAUGAAAUGAAAUGAAAGCUUUAUUGUAUUUUGUUAGCAUACAAGGCAUGUGUGAUGAUGAUCGUUGAUUUGACAUGAAAUGUUCAGAAAACAACCAAACCAUCAGAAAAAUAAAUAUUAAUUGCAAGUAUUUACUAUCUGGGAAAUACCUGGACUCUUCAAUACCAGCUUCACAGAGUGUGUGGAACAGUAAGAUGAGCCAAGGUAAAAGGCUGGGACAUAGUAGAGCGCUGUCAUAAGUUACACAAAGACAAAAAACACUCCCAAUCAAGACAGCUGUAAUUCUUAAAGUGACUUAGCACUGUGUGUAUUAAACACCUGCUCCUAGUGACAAUAAAAUAACCUUAUUUCCUUAUAACUGACUACGGUGCUUUGGUAUUGUGAAAGGGCAUCAAUGUAAACAUGUCCAGCCAAUACAAACGCAUUAGGUGCUUCAGUUAAAUAUGUAUGUAAAAUACAUUUUUAAAGUUUCUCCUAAACUACUGGAGAACCCAUGUUUGAUGAUAAAUAUUACCAAUCUCUUCAGGGAAUUCUGUAUAGCAACUAAAAUAUAUAGAAAGUGCCUUAAAGCAACUG